AUGCAGAAAGAGCCAGCAGUCAACCCGCGCCGCGCCAACUCGUUCUUCGCUCGCAAACACGACUUGGCUCCAGCGCCCGACGCGACGGCGGAAGGCAUGGAGCUGGCGCAGUACCAGCCGAGGGAGGUCAUGCGCGGCGGAGAAGGAGCGGGCCAGGCGGGACAGCACCGCGCCGAGUUGCGCCUGUCAACGACUUGCGGGACUUGCGGCGACACGGUCGCAAUGGAGGUGCCGCCUUGGCUCCUUGCUGCUCUCGAUGGAGCUCAGAGGACGCGCGAGAUGAUGCGCCAGGACCAGCUGCGCCAGCAGGACGUUGUGACGGUCGAGGGCGUCGCCUGGAGGGACCGUGUUGUCGACGGAGCGAUCGGCUUUGCAAAGGCAGUCAAGGCCUCCCCGCUCCCCGGCUUCAUCUUCAGCUGCCUCCAGACUCUCCUCGCCAUCGUCUUCUACCUCGACGCCCGCUUCUCCAUCCACCAACGUCUCGCCGUCGCGUUCGGCAUCUUCCUCGAGGGUCUGGUCGAGAUCGAGAAGGAGGUCGGCUUGUUGCGCAAUGCUGGAGAAGCAUUGAGCGUCGGCUGGGAAGCUACUGUCAAGGGUAUCAUCGCCUUCGCCAAGGCAGAGUCGUCGCAGAACCGCCGUCCCGAGAGGUCGUCGGCGCCUCAGCACGUGCCUCCUCCGGCAACUGAGCCGUGGCAGGCGUCGUUCUACGCUCCGGCCGACGACUCCUACACUUCGCCUCCGCUCCAACCUUCACAGUUCCCUCCGCACAUCCACGAGAGCGUCCAGUUCCCGCACAUCCAGAGCGCCUCGACCACCCGCGCACCCUCUCCGGCCCUCUCGCAUCCUCGCCCGCUCCGUCGCACUCACCUCUCCUCCCCCGUCCUCAACUCGGCCUACCUUUCCGGCAUGUCGCCCGUCCUCUCGCCAACGGACGAGCGCCCUCCCUCGCUCCACUCGUCGUCUCUCUCUGAGUCGAUCCUCCCGCCGUACGACGACGCAACCGCCGCCUCGACUUCCGCCUACCCUUCGUACGGGCAAGCGGUCCACCGCGUCCCCCUCACGAGGCAGCGGAGCGUCUCAGGCCCUGACGCCUGCAUCCCGCCUGCGCCUCCUUCGCCGAGCGGCUCGCGCGCCGGAUGGGCAGGCAAAGCGAUGCUCGGCCUUGCAGAGAGGAUGAAAGUCCUCUGA